UGAGAGGCGCCUUAAGCCACUUAGGGUUCAGCCUAGUAACAGGGAGUGGGUGACGUUGAUUGCCGCCAUCAACGCCACAGGGCCUGGUAUCAUAACCCUCGGGAUUAGAGAAUAGGGGUUAGCAAUAAUGGAUAGACAACAAAUGAGCUUAGGCUUGCCUGGCUACAGCACUUUAUCAAGCACACGGAGGUUAAGAAAGUAGGUGGUUACAGACUACUAAUUCUUGAUGGCCACAAGAGCCACAAGUCACUCGCCUUCCAGGAUCUUUGUGAGGAGAACAAUAUCAUUACCCUCUGUAUGCCCCCUCACACCUCACACAUCCUUCAGCCGCUUGAUGUGGGUUGCUUUGCCCCCCUGAAGCCUGCACUUACCCUAGUAUUUAACCAGGCCUUCUCAAAGGACAAUAUCCUAUCAAGCUUUAGAGCAACUAGCUUAGUUCUAGAUAACCUAGAGGUGGUGCUAUCAAGGCUUGAAGUGAAGCCUCGUACACCAACACCACCUUUACCCAGGACAAAUUAGGCUGCUUCUGAGCGUAAAAAGCGUAAGAAGAAGCGAAUACAGAAGGGGGGGACCCUAUCACAGGCAGA